AGUAAACACCAUUGUGUUCUCUCCAUCUGAAAUGUAGAUUUGGCUGCCAUUACUGUAGCUGGUCAGAUUACAUUUUUAUAAAUUGUUUAGUCAGUAGGGGAGGACCCUGCAUUUGUAUAUCUUAUUUGGACUGAGCCCCAUUGCUGACAAGAAGAAACAUAAAUUGAUAAUAUUUCUGGAUUCAAAUAGUAAUAAAUGUUUAAAAAAGAUAGGUGGCAGCAAAUAUCUAAAAACGUACACAUAGAUUGUACAAGUGCUUCUUAUCUACAAUAAUUUUGAAAAUAACUCCAAAGUCCAGCUUGUAGUUAACUUUCUUCAUUAUGCAGCGAUUCAGAUGGAAACAUAACACUCAAUGAGCAACUGGAGGGACACAAAGAAACUAAGGACAAUAUGGAAAAUCUGUAAAAAUUCUCAACAAUUUUUUUCAGGUUAUCAUGUCUAAAAGAGUGGCUAUAGUUGGGGCUGGUUGCAGUGGACUGACAGCCAUCAAAUGCUGCCUGGAAGAAGGUCUGGAGCCCACAUGCUUUGAAAGAAGCAAUGACAUUGGUGGACUCUGGAGGUUCACAAAUAACACUGAAGAAGGUAGAGGAAGUAUAUACAAAUCUGUGGUCACUAAUACUUCCAAGGAGAUGAUGUGCUUCAGUGAUUUCCCUAUGCCUGAGGAAUUUCCAACAUAUCUGCACCACUCAAAGGUCUUAGAAUACCUUUAUCUAUAUGCAGAACAUUUUAGUCUGUUAAAAUACAUCCAUUUCCAGACUGAAGUCUGCAGUGUGAGAAAACAUCCAGAUUUUAAUUCUAGUGGACAAUGGGAUGUCACAACACAGAAACAAGGAGAAAAGACAGAGGCUAUAUUUGACGCUGUAAUAGUCAGCAAUGGGCAUUUUACUGACCCUUGUUUACCACUUGAAUCUUUUCCAGGAAUAUAUGAUUUCAAGGGUGGGAUCAUCCACAGCAGAACUUACAAGACCCCUGACAAUUAUCAUGGGAAGACAGUACUUGUGGUUGGAAUAGGAAACUCAGCUGCAGAUAUUGCUGUGGAACUUAGCCAUACGGCAAAACAGGUUUUUCUCAGCACCCGUGAAGGCUCUUGGGUUAUCAGCCGGAUCUCGCGCAAUGGCUUUCCUGUAGACAUGGUACUUUCCAGGCGCUGGACUCUCUGGGUUAUACAUUUACUCCCCAGAAAACUUGCAGCCAUGAUCAAUGAGAAAUUGAUGAGUCAGUGGUUUAACCAUGCCAACUAUGGCUUAGAGCCAAAGAACAGGAUGAAGAUUCCUAUUAUAAAUGAUUACAUUCCAAGCCAAAUCCUACAAGGAGCAAUACAAGUCAAGCCUAAUAUUAAGGAAUUUACUGAAACUUCUGUCAUUUUUGAAGAUGGGACAGAAGCAGAAAAACUGGAUGCUGUAAUUUUUGCCACAGGGUACCAUACAACGUUCCCCUUUCUUGAUGACUUUACCUUAAAAAUGGAUGAGAGCAAUGCACCUUUGUAUAAAAAUGUCUUCCCAGUCCAUGUGGAAAAACCAACAAUAGCCUUCUUGGGACUUAUCCAACCUCUAGGCCCUAUCAUGCCUACUGUAGAGCUGCAAGCUCGAUGGGCCACAAGGGUAUUCAAAGGUGAAGCUCACUUGCCUCCAAAAAGAGAAAUGGAAAAUUAUAUUAUAAAAUCUAUGGAAAGAAAGAGCAAAUGGUUUGGAAUUACCAAAAAUCUGCCCCUGCAAACACAUUAUAUUGACUAUGUCAAUGAGUUGACCGUGGAAAUUGGAAAUUGGCCAAACCUUAUGUACCUUUUUCUCACAGAUCCUAAAUUAGCCUGGCAAGUGGUAUUUGGUCCUUGCACACCUUUCCAGUAUCGCCUGUUUGGCCCCGGCAAAUGGCCAGGAGCGAGAAAAGCAAUUCUCACCCAGUGGGAUAGAACAAUUAAACCAAAUAGGACACGCAUUGUACAUAAAAAUCAUGAUGCCAGGCCGAAAAUACCCAGUCAUUUAUUUUGGGCAUUUAGUGCUAUUAUUUCGGGUAUCUGGUUUUGCUCACAGUACAUCACCCCAACAAAUUCAUUGUAAUAUGUGUUUUAUAAUGAUAGCAUUUUCACUAUUAUGGAUGGGUCUUUAGCAGUGGUGUAACUUCCAGGGGUGCGAUCACAUCUGGGCCUGCACCCCCUUGGGGCCCACUGGAAAUAAAAAUAUAUACUGUAAAAUAUAUUAUACUGAGGUGAGGAGGACAUGUUUGUUGCAAGAUUUUAUUGUAAACAACUUGAAUCAAGUCACUUUUCCAAAAAAAUAAAGAUAAUGUAGAGCAGUAAACUUGAA